AGAUGCCAUUCUUACACUAACCAUUUAUUAUCUCCUUCAGAAAAUUUUCUGGAUAGAGAAGAUAAUGAGCUCCUUAGGAUUUUCUGUUGGCACUUGUUCUCCACCAAGUGAGCAAAGAAAAUGCAGAAGUUUUGUGAGCAGCAGCUUAAACAAAGCAGAGGCUAUUAACUUGAGAAGCAAGCAAAAAAUCUCUGAUCAUGAGUUAAGUUUUGUUCAACCAGCUUCUUGUGGUAGAAGAGAAGCAAUUAUUGGUUUUGGUUUCUGUAUUGGUCUUGUUGAUAACGUUUCAGCAUUGGCUGAAACAAGUUCUUGUGAAUUCUCUGUUUCUCCUUCUGGUCUUGCCUUUUGUGAUAAGGUAGUUGGAUAUGGUCCUGCAGCUGUUAAAGGGCAGCUAAUCAAGGCACAUUAUGUUGGGAAGUUGGAGAAUGGGAAAGUGUUUGAUAGUAGCUAUAAUCGGGGAAAGCCUCUAACUUUCCGAAUAGGUGUUGGUGAGGUGAUUAAAGGUUGGGACCAGGGAAUCAUUGGCUCUGAUGGAGUUCCUGCUAUGCUUACUGGAGGGAAACGAACAUUAAAGAUUCCUCCAGAACUCGCGUAUGGUGAUCGAGGCGCAGGUUGCAAAGGAGGCUCAUGUCUCAUUCCACCAGCUUCUGUUCUUCUCUUUGACAUUGAGUUCAUAGGUAAAGCUUGAGAGAGCUUUCUGCUUUUCUUUGUCUUUGCUGAGCCACCAUCUUCUUUAUAGAAACAAAAAUAUACUCUAUUUGUAAUCAAGUGAAUAUUUUCUGGCUCUUUUUCAAAGUUGUUUCGUUCAUAUAUGCUUUAUCCAA